UAUAUUUUGUCUUAAAAUUAUUUGUAAAAAAACACAAAAAAAACACAACAACAACAGUGUUCACACUUUGUAUUUUAUUUUCCCCAGACGGUGCACUACACACAACGAUCACCAUGAAACGUCUAAUAUCAAACGUGGUGGCUUGGUUCGUGAUUUAUAUUUGUCUGCGUAAUAUUGAUGAAUCACACGCUAACACUUAUCACGCGGAAGAAGAUAUGAAUGAAGUGAAACAUUGGUACACAAAAUCUGUCCAAAACGUGCAGUCGAAAAUAUCGUGUGCCAUUUCUUGCGCCAGAGACCCAGAUUCGUGCAAAGCCUGGUACUACAACAGACAAGAAGAAACCUGCCGCAUCCAAACUGACGAGACUGAAACACAUAAACUGAAAGAGAUUUCUUGUGGUCCGAAACCAUGGAAACAAUGGCGCUUGGUGAACCCAAUUUCUAGAGGUAACUGUAGAGUUCCGUUUGUAAACAAUGUGACGGCAGCUGCUGGACCCAUCACGAAGUAUGACGGAACUGUCGCGUGCAACCGUGACUUCUGCUUCUUUGAGCAGGCCCAGGCAGACCAAUGCAGACUAACUGGAAGGCAGAUGACCGAAUGUGGCAGCUGUAGGCAGAUUGAAUGGCGACGCAUGAACCAAGGGACGCUCUGUAAAUUUCCUGUGAGCAUUACCACUGGAUGGAAAUUGAUCUGGAAGGGGAAAAUGAAAUCACGGACUCCAAGUUUUACUCUUUCCUUGAAUGAAUGUAACUCCUGUCUGAAGAUUAUAAUAAAUGGUGAAACAACGACCUUCUUGUAUCAGAAACUUCGAAGGAGUUCUGAAUUCAAGGGCCAGUUGAACAGUUUUGAAAUCAAGAUUUCCGUCGGAUUGAAACACUUUCUGAUUACCGUGAGAGGCAAAACUAUGAAGAUGGAACACGAAAUGCAGUUUUCCCAGCUUUCUACACAAACAACGUAUGUGGCUAUCACGGGUUAUGCCUACACCGAGAGUCUUAAACUUGUAUACUAAAUUAUUACAGUUUGUAACCAUUGUAGUUAUGUAGUCAUCAAAAACUACAUAUUGGUAUUAGUCCCCUUCCGGUCCAACCGGAGGGGACUAUAAGUUUCAUCUACGUCCGUCCGUCUGUCUAUCCGUCUGUCUGUCCCACAUAUGUUUUCUGGAUGUUAUUUGCAGAACACUUUAAGAUAUUGAGCUGAAAUGUUGUGUGUGAUUUCAUCAUAUACUGUUACAGAUCAAGUUUGACUUGCAUGGCGAUUUACCCAUUUUUUUAUCUAAUUAUG